ACACACCUAACUUCCUAUCAAAAAACAAAUGAGUAAUGGGAAAUGGUGCUUGCUGUCGAAACGGCAAGUAAUUACAAAAAAAAUUAUCGAUACGAGAAGGAAUUAACGAUUUCAUGAUAAAAUGAGCGUCGAUGCGUACGGACCAAGUUCCCAAACGCUCACGUUUUUGGAUACGGAAGAUGCUGAUUUAAUAGGAGCCGAUACACAAGGGUCCGAAUGUGAUUUUACCGAUUUUACAAUACCGUCUCAAACACAAGCAUCUCAACACGAUCACUCUGGUCCUAAAGUGUCUGGGAUACAGGUUAAUAAUAUUGUGAAUAAAAUAUCUGCUACUACAACAGCUUUAGGAGAAUUACAAUUUGAGGAAGACGAUGAGGAAGGGUAUUUUAAUGCGAAGGAACUUCCUGAUUACGCUUGCAAAUAUUGCGGCAUCCACGAACCGAAUUGUGUCGUUAUGUGUAACUUGUGUAAAAAGUGGUUUUGUAACGGUAGAGGUAACACUUCGGGAAGUCAUAUUAUCAACCACUUGGUAAGAGCUAAACAUAAAGAAGUUACCCUCCACAAAGACGGUCCUUUAGGAGAGACCAUCUUAGAAUGUUACAGUUGCGGUGUGAGGAAUGUGUUUGUUUUGGGAUUUAUUCCUGCCAAAGCAGAUUCGGUUGUCGUGUUAUUGUGCAGACAACCUUGCGCGGCUCAAAAUUCCUUGAAAGACAUGAACUGGGAUCAAGAUCAAUGGAAACCUUUAAUAGCUGACCGCUGUUUCCUAACUUGGUUGGUUAAAAUACCUUCUGAACAGGAACAAUUGCGCGCCAGACAAAUUUCCGCGCAACAGAUCAACAAAUUGGAGGAAUUGUGGAAGGAAAACGUCGACGCUACUUUUCAGGAUUUGGAAAAGCCGGGCGUUGACGAGGAACCGCAACAAGUUCUUUUACGUUACGAAGACGGUUACCAAUAUCAGAAUAUAUUCGGUCCUUUGGUGAAACUCGAAGCGGAUUAUGACAAACGUUUGAAAGAAUCGCAAACGCAGGAAAAUAUCGAAGUUAGGUGGGAUGUGGGACUGAAUAAAAAGACCAUCGCUUAUUUUACUCUAGCUAAAACCGAUGGAGAUAUGAAAUUGAUGCACGGGGAUGAAUUACGGUUGAGAUACGUGGGGGAGAUGCAUAAAACUUGGGCUGGAGUUGGACACGUCAUUAAAGUACCGGAUAAUUAUGGGGAAGAUAUCGGUAUCGAAUUGAAAAAUGGAUCGGGAGCGCCUGUGGAAUGCGGAAGCAAUUUCGUAGUAGAUUUCAUUUGGAAAAGCACCAGUUUCGAUAGGAUGCAAUUGGCGCUACGUAAAUUCGCAGUAGACGACGCUUCGGUUUCCGCUUACAUCUACCAUCGUUUAUUGGGGCACGAAGUUGAAGAGGUUCUAUUCCGGUGUCAUUUACCGAAACAUUUUUCUGCUCCCAAUUUACCAGAUUUGAAUAGGUCUCAAGUUUACGCCGUCAAACACGCUCUCCAAAGACCUUUAUCCUUGAUACAAGGUCCUCCCGGUACAGGAAAAACCGUUACUUCCGCCACCAUAGUUUACCAAUUGGUGAAGCAGAACGGGGGACCGGUGCUUGUUUGUGCUCCCAGUAAUACCGCGGUGGAUCAGUUAACGGAAAAAAUCCACAAGACCAAUUUGAAGGUUGUCAGAUUGUGCGCCAAAUCGAGGGAAGCCAUCGAUUCGCCCGUCAGUUUUUUGGCGUUGCACAAUCAAAUAAGGAAGAUGGAAGGUAAUACUGAGUUGCAGAAGUUGCAGCAGCUCAAAGACGAGACAGGCGAAUUGAGUUCGGUAGAUGAGAAACGUUAUAGGAUGUUGAAGAAGAUGGCGGAAAAAGAACUGUUGGAAGCCGCCGACGUUAUUUGUUGUACGUGCGUCGGUGCCGGUGAUCCGAGAUUGGUCAGAUUGAAGUUCCAUUCGAUUUUGAUCGAUGAAAGUAUGCAGGCUACCGAACCGGAAUGUAUGGUACCUGUUGUUUUGGGCGUGAAACAACUAAUUUUGGUCGGCGAUCAUUGUCAAUUGGGUCCGGUGGUGAUGUGUAAGAAAGCCGCCAGGGCCGGACUGUCCCAAAGUUUAUUCGAACGUCUCGUCGUGCUCGGUAUAAGACCGUUCAGAUUGGAGGUGCAAUAUCGGAUGCACCCCGAAUUGUCGCGUUUCCCUUCGAAUUUCUUCUACGAGGGUAGUUUGCAGAACGGCGUCAGCGCCGAAGAACGCAAAUUGGCCAAAAUCGAUUUCCCUUGGCCCAUACAAGACAGACCGAUGUUCUUUUUGGUGACGCAAGGGCAAGAAGAAAUCGCCGGAUCCGGUACCAGUUAUUUAAACAGAACCGAGGCAUCGAACGUGGAAAAAAUAGCGACGAGAUUCUUGAGAUCCGGCGUUAAACCGGAACAGAUCGGCGUCAUUACGCCCUACGAAGGACAGAGGGCGUAUCUGGUACAAUAUAUGCAAUACCAAGGGUCCCUGCACAGUAAACUCUAUCAGGAAAUCGAAAUAGCCAGCGUGGACGCUUUCCAAGGACGCGAAAAGGACAUAAUUAUAAUGUCGUGCGUCCGUUCCAACGAACAUCAGGGUAUCGGUUUCUUGAACGAUCCCCGUAGAUUGAACGUCGCUUUAACCAGAGCCAAAUACGGUAUAAUAAUAGUCGGUAAUCCGAAAGUCUUAUCCAAACAACCGCUUUGGAAUCACCUGUUGUCCUUUUACAAGGAACAAAAAGUUUUGGUCGAAGGUCCUUUGACUAAUCUAAAGGAAUCCCUCAUACAAUUCGCCAAACCGAAAAAAUUGAUCAAUUCCGAAAAUCCCGGUUCGCAUUUUAUGACCACGUCGAUGUUCGACGCCAGGGAAGCCAUGGUGCCGGGUAGCGUCUACGAUCGCAGCGCCAAUCAGGCGAUUAACGGACAAUUCAAUUACCCCAGUCACAGGGGUGUGCCAUUGGACGUUUUCGGCAGAACUCACGAUCCAAUCAGUUACAUAUCACCCGAAAGGGCACAAGCUGGGAUGAAUUUGCCGGUGCCGGUCGGUAUGUUUAUGAAUAUGGCCCACAUACCGCCCAGAUUUUACAAUCAACAUCAACAAGCUUUGCAGGCCCGUCAACAACAACAAAACCAUCGCAACAGAAAACCGCCGCAGAGACAGAAAGGUAAAGGCGGCAAUUUGAGUCAAGAUCACACGCAACCGUUCAGUCAAAGUUUGCAAUUGACGCAAGGUAUGUCGCAACCGGGUUUAUCUCAAGCCGGUUUCAGUUUGAGUCAACCGGGUUUGUCGCAGGCCGAACUCAGUCAAGAUCCUUACAUGGCAGAAUAUCAAUCGCAGAUGGAUGGAUUGUUAUCGCAAGAUUCUACUUACCAGGGAGAUCGGUCUGCCUUCUACCAGCCCAGCGCCCAAUUCUCCCAGCCCUAUUGAUCGAUUCAUCCGGCCAAAGAAUGACAAUAGAAUCGCGGGAGCGGUCAAAACACUGAAAAUUGCAAGUGAAAAUUAUUUAAAAAAAAAAACAAACAAACAAAAAACGCGAGAUCAUGUGAAGAACGUCAAAUUGUCAGUCGGUAAAAAGCAACAAAACAAAAGUCACACACACACAAACGAUACAAAAGACGAAAAAAAAAAUCGACACGAAGAGAGAAACAAAAUCAAAUUAUCAACAGAGAGAUAGAGAGAGAUGGGAGAUAGAGAGGAGCGAGCGAGCUAGAGCCGCGCUUUUAUCCUUCUUCUUCUUGUAUAUUUCGCCGCCCCCGAUAGAACGGUUCGAAGGGGCGGUUAGAUUUAAAAAUUGAGAAAAAAAAAUAUAUAAAAUAGAAAAAAAAACUCUUCUUUACGUAGGUGACGUUUUGGCACCGCUGUGACUCUAUUAGAUUACCAUUUAAUAAGUAAUUUAUGGUUAAGUUCAUUUUCUAUUUAAAUUUUUUUUGCUUUCAUCUGGGGUAGUUUUUAUGAUUUGGGGUUGAUAACGGUGAAUGAUUGUAAGAUUUCUAAGGAAUCGUCCUUUUAAUUCGGCAUCCGGUAUAAUGGGAUUGAAAAUAAUAUUUUAUAUCAAAUAAUGAAAAAUUUUGGCCAAUAUCGACCAUUUUUCUAAUAAUUUCUGGUCGUUUUUUAAUCGAAAAUAGAUUUCAAUCAUUUUUUGACAGUUUCCUGUCAAAAAUCAGAAAAUCUCAACAAAUUCGUGGUAGUUUUCCAACAUAUACUGGUUUAAACCACUUUCUUUCAGUUUCCGAUAGAUUUAAAUCGUUUUCCGUCAUUUUUGACUGGCUUAAACCAUCUAUUGACAAUUUUCUAUCAGAACCUCGUUUAUGUAUUUAUGUCAAAUAUGACAAUUUCUAAUAGAUUCGAACCAUUUAUUGACAGUUUCUUAUUGAUUUCUACAAUUUACCUGCAGUUUUGUAAUCGAAAAUGGUUUAAUCCACCUGACAGUUUCUGUCAUUGUCAAAAAUCAGAAUAUUUCAACCAAUUCCUGGUAGUUGUCUAACAUAUACUAGUUUAACCAUUACCUUUCAGUUUCCGAUAGAUUUCAACCGUUUUGUGUCAUUUUUGACUGGCUUAAACCCUCUAUUGACAGUUUCUUAUUGAUUUCAACCAUUUAUUGACAGUUUUCAAUCAGAACCAAGUUGUUAUGUCUGUUCUUUACUCAUUUUCAGAACUUCCGUCUGUUCUUGAAUCAUUUUGACAGCUUCUGUCAGUUUGUUUACUUAUUUUGACAGUUUCUAGAACUUGAAAGCUUCGGUAUUUGACAGAAAGAUGAGAAAAUCAAUGGAAAAGGACGAUUAUUGAAUACUUCCGUCAAGAUACAUAUAUAGAGUGACUCAAUUAGAUCACAUCUAUUUUCGAGAUAUAAUUGUUGAAUCUUUAUAUUAAAUUUGGAAAUUUUACAAUUUUUUACCAAAAUAAAAAACAAGGGGGGAUGAUUUUUUGUCGUAAAAGCCCCAUAAAAGAUGAAUAAAUAAUAUUUUGUGUAGCAUUAACUAUUAUUUUAAUUCCAGGGGGUUGAUCGGUUUAAUUUUUGAUGGUGAUAGAAUUUUUUUAUCAUUUAAAUUGUUUCGUUCAGUUAAAGGAGUAGUAGGCCGUCUUUAUCUUUCCAAAAAAUAAUAAUAAUAAAAAAAAGAAAAUACAUCUGUCGCUUUUACUUUUUCCUGCUUGAAUUUUGAUAAAAAAUCACAAUCGAAACGAGAACUUUACUUGUGAAUCGUAACUUUUUCGAACGAACUAAAAUAACAAAAAAAAAAUUGUUACUAUUGUAA